AUGACCAAGAGCCGAUCCAUUCGUAUUGCAGGUGCCUCGGGCUCCACAUCGGACCGGCGCAAAGCGAUUGCUGAUUUCGCGCGUCACCACCCGACUGACCCUAUCGAUGUGAUCAUUGCUGAUUUCAUGAGCGAGUACAAUAUGGCCACCGCUGCGGGUCGGCGCGUGGACCAGAGCUCGCGAGCUGCAGCGCCUGCUUAUGAUCUUUCGUUCCUGGAGGCUGUUGAGCCUGCCCUGGAGGAUUUGGCUAAACAUGGUAUCAAGCUUGCAGUCAAUGCAGGAGUAACAGAUACAAAGGGUCUCUACGAGGUAAUGAUGCGCAUGGUGCAGGCAAAGAAUCUGGAUUUGAAGGUCGCAUGGGUCUCUGGAGAUGAAGUCUUGGCUACCGUCCAGAAAGGGCUGACCUCUGGGUCUGAGUUUCGCAAUGUCUACACGGGCGAGCGAUUGGCAGAUUGGUCAUUUGAGCCCAUCUAUGCCCAAUGCUACCUCGGUGGCCUGGGGAUUGCAGCCGCAUUUGCAGAUGGUGCUGACAUCGUGCUCUGUGGGCGAGUCUCUGAUGCUUCGCCUGUCAUCGGAGCUGCUUAUUGGUACCAUGGCUGGCAACGCGAGGACCUUGACAAGUUAGCCAAUGCCUUUGUGGCGGGUCAUCUUAUCGAAUGUAGCAACUAUGUCUGUGGUGGCAACUUUACAGGCUUCAAAGCACUCGAACAAGCGGGUGGAGAUGCUUGGACCAAUAUCGGAUAUCCCAUCGCCGAGAUAUCUGCCGAAGGCGACGUUGUGAUCACCAAGCAGGCACAUUCAACCGGUGGGACGGUCACUGUGGACACUUGUACUUCACAGCUGCUCUAUGAAAUCCAAGGGCCUUGGUACUACAACUCCGACGUCACUGCGGUUCUCGAUGGCAUUCAGUUCGAGCAGUGCGGUGUCAACAGGGUCGCCGUCCUUGGAGUUCGGUCUGGACCUCCCCCGCCUACCACCAAGGUCGGUAUCACCGCACGAGGUGGGUUCCAGGCUGAAGCAUGGUGGUUCUUGACUGGCCUGGAUAUCGAAGCCAAAGCACGCAUGCUGGAGGCGCAGAUCCGUCAACAACUGGCGCCCUUUUCCGAUCGGUACACUUCUCUCAACUUUGACUUGUUAGGCUCUGCCCUGUCCAACCCGCACGAACAGAACCGCGCCACAGUCCCCCUGCGCAUUGUCGUGCAGGCACGACGCGCAGAGGACAUUGUGCCCAGUCGGUUCCUUAAGCCGAUUGCGGAUAACAUCAUGCAAGGCUAUCCUGGCGCUACCUUCCACUUAGACAUGCGACAGGGAUUCCCCCGUGCGGUCUUCGAGUACUAUGUCAGCUUGAUGCCACAGUCCGCGGUCCAGCAUCGUGUCCAUAUGCCUUGGAAGCCGACAGCAUCCAGGCAAACAUUGGACAUUCCACCCCCACCCAACACCAAGACCUACCCAGCGCGCCAGCCAUCACAGCCAGUCACGGAUACUGACGGGCCUGUCGACCUUGCCCGCGACUUUGGGCCGACGACUCGCGGCCCCCUUGGCUGGAUUGUGCAUGCCCGCUCGGGAGACAAGGGAGCUGAUGCCAACUGCGGCUUCUGGGUGCGGCACCGUGAUGAGUAUCAAUGGUUGAGGGCGUUGCUGUCCGUUGACACAGCGCAGGAGCUCCUGGGAGAUACGGGCCGCCAACAGCCUGACCUGGCCAUUGAACGCUUUGAGUUGCCCAGUCUGCACGCCGUGCAUUUCUUGUUCCGCAACCUGCUGGACCGAGGCGUCGGCGUGACCACCACGGUCGACUUUUUAGGCAAGAAUGUGGCGGAAUACCUUCGAGCACGCCACGUCGAUCUGCCGGUGCGGUUCUUAACUCGCGGAAAGCUGUAG